ACAAAAAUAAAAAAUUAGGAAACAAAGCAGAUUUGCUUCUUCUCGAUUCUUUGCAAUUUGCAUGCAUUGCUCAUCAAAAAUUCCUUUCUGGGUUUUGUUGGAAAUUAGCUGUAUUACUUGAAAUGUUGAAACUUUACUUUAUUUCUUCUUCUUUUUUUGGUCAAAUUUUGUGUUCUCUCUAGAUCAAAACCCUAAUUCUCAAUUCUACUCAAAGUUCCUAUUUUUAUAGUUCUUUGAGGAAGAGAAAGAUUGGUGUUUACUAAGGUGAGAGAUUCUGUUCUUAUGGAGAUCUUUCGCAUUGUAGGAUGGUUUAGGAAUUGAAAAUCAUCUUGGGGUUAGUGUCUUCAAUGGAUCUUGAUAUUUUGAUUUUGGGUUGAGGAAAUGAUAAUAGCAAAGCAAUACCGUUGCAUUCACUCGGCGACUUGUCAUUGCACGAAAGGACAUCUUAGCGAAGAAGUAUUGUUUCUUAUGGUUCAGCAUCUAAACUGGAACCCUAAUGUGAUUGCGACUCUAUCUUGUGUUUGUAAAUGGUUUGAUGAUCUCGCUAAGCGGUUAUUGUGGAAAGAAUUCUGCAGAGCUAGAGCACCUAAGAUGAUGAGUGACCUUCAAUCUAGUGGUAGCCAUAGUGUUGAUGGGAGUUGGAGAGCACUUGGGAAACUUUUGAUUUACUGCUCUGGUUCAAGCAAAGGUGGACUCUUUAAUGAUGUUCAAAUCUCUGGUCAUUUUGUUCACAGAACCCGAUUCUCUAGAACAUCAGGAAGGAGCUUUCUUCCUCCACAAUGUCGAACUGAUGAUAUUCUCUAUGUUUCUGAUCCUUGUGAACAUCUGGAUCAAGGAGAAGAUGGUGAUUUGGGAUUCUUCCGUGGGAUUUUUAAAUCGUUUUCAAUGUCAAAGGUGAGGAAGUUGCUUAUCAAGAAAGGGACACCAUUUCAUCCCACGGAAGUUUGUCCGUAUUGCAAAGCAAAGCUGUGGAGUAUGCUUCAGGCGAAAAUGAUACCACAGAGUGCUAGCUGUAGAUUGGGGGCUUAUGAAGAUAGCAUUGAGUAUUAUGUUUGCCUCAAUGGGCAUAUGCUAGGAGUUUGUACACUCUUACCCUUGUCUGAUUCUGAAGGGGCUACCGAGUUUCAGUGACUAUAAAUUCCCGACCUUGCGUUUUCCUUUGCAGAAAAUGCUUGAAGCUUGGUUAUAAGUUAUGAUGUCGUCUCUCUGUUUCUAAUGUACCAGUGAAUUGUUGUUGCUAGACUUUGGGAAUCAUCACUUUGCAAAGAGUUGAUGUGAAGUGUAUCAUAAGCUGAAGUUGUGCAAGGUUCAACGAUUUCAGAUUCUCAAUCUACCAUUGGUUUGCAUCGACAAACCAUUUGUUGAUUCUGUGCAUGUAUAUGUAUGAACAACACUUGCAAAUUGUAAUAGACGCAUUUAUUUCUGCUACAUUUA